CCUUAUUUGUAGUUUCCUAAAAUGGCGGCGAGCAGCGUCGGAAGCUCCUGAUAGCAACCAAACUUUUUAGCAAAAUAACCGCUCAAAUUGUGAACAUUUCCCAGUUAACUUGCAGCCUACUUACUACGGCCGCCAUGCAAUGUUAUUUCUAGAUAAAUCGAACAGUCUACGACCAAUAGUUGCCGAUACUCCGGACCUCCAGCGACUUCGCGGCCUCCCUCCAGCGGCCGUGGCGGCAGCGGAGCCUCUCAGCACCGCCAACAGUCGGCGGCAGAGCCGGGGACACCCAGGUGGGUUACAAACUACCAAGGGAGGAUUCUGAGCGGAGCUACAAGCCCAGCUAGAAGCUCCAAGUCCCACAACGCCGCUUCCUAUGAAUGUCAGAUCCGUGGAGAAGAAAGUGGAACACUCGCAGCUGGAUUGGAGUGCGAUGCCGGAGAAGGAGGACUGCGGCGCCAUAUCUCUCAAGGAAACCUGGCUGAACCCAUCCGUGGUGAAGAUUGAGUGGCUCACGGCGUCGGAGCCGGACGGCAGCAGCUCUCUCACCGGUAAAUCUCCCCAGCCGGCGGUGUUGUCGGACCACAGCAGGAGACAACCCAUUGGAGCCAGUGUCCACAGCGUCUUGCUUGCAGUUCAGGAUUGUGGAUGGCCAUUUAAAGACACUUGUAUCGGCUCAAAACAAAACAUUUCCAAACAUUUCAAACGUACGAAGAAAGAGUCUGCCAAACUUUGGGGCCCAGUCAUGUCUCGCAGAAGAAGCCGAAGUUCAUCGCCGGGGCGUGUCACACGCUCCUGUAGCAGUAACUAUCCUCGAGAUUUGGAAAGAAGGCUUUUUAUUGGGAAUUUGCCGACAUCCAUCAUGGAGAAGAAGGAUUUGGAAGAACUCUUCAGACCAUAUGGAAAAGUUAUUGACGUGUCCAUGUUUCGUGGCUUUGGAUUUGUGCAAUUUGAACACAUAGAGGAAGCAGAAGCUGCAAUGGCGGCCCAAAAUGGUCGAAUUUAUAAAGAUUAUAAAAUAGAUGUAAAUAUGGCACUGGAUCGACGGUCAGCUAAACCUCAUUCCCAGCCGAGCCCUCCACGCAGGCCCCCCUUCGGCAGUUACGGGGACAACAAAGAGCCACGUCCUCGGUCACGCUCACCUGUAUUCCCUCGCGACGCCCGAGACCGUGACGCGCGCGACACCCGAGACCGUGAUGCACGCGAGGGGCGCGACGGACGAGAGGGACGAGAGGGACGAGAAGGACGGGACGGCAGAGAUGCUGCCAGAGAGGUGAGACCAGGAAGCCACCCUCGCGAUCACGAAUACCGUUACCGUGGACCGGAGGGUAGGGACAAGGACCUGAGAGGACCGCCUCGGGACCCCGCCUACAGAGAAGAAUAUGACCGUUUCUUUAGGGGUGGAGGCGGUGCCGAAGACCACUUCAGGAGGAAGGACGAAGCAUUCAGGGAGCCCUUCAGAGAUCCUUGGAAUGGACGUCGUGAGCCUGAAGCAGACGGCCGCGCCCGUCCAGAGGAGAAUCGGCGCAACGAACUCUAUCGACAGUACUACGAGGAACUGCAGCGGCGCCAGGAAACUGAGCGCCCCGUCGACUGCUCCGUGAUAGUCGUCAACAAGACUCAGAAUCGGGAGUAUGCUGAGACGGUCGGGCGCAAAGUCCACGAUUUGGGCAUGGUGGUGGACCUGAUUUUCCUCAACACCGAGGUGUCCCUGACUCAGGCGCUGGAAGACGUGGGCCGAGCUCGCACGCCUUUCGCCAUCAUCAUAACCCAGCAGCACCAGGUGCACCGAUCAUGCACUGUCAACAUCCUGUUUGGCACACCUCAAGAGCAUCGCAACAUGCCUUUGCAGGACGCCAUGGUCCUCAUAACCCACAACUACGACACCUACAAGGUAGAGAGCCGUGAGAAGGAACGCGAGGAGAUGGUCAGGAAGGCCGCUAAGAUGGCCGACGACGUGCUGCUUAGGGAGCCCGAUCGAGAGAGUCACCCCGUCGCCGUGCUCACCUCAAUCACGUUGCUGUCCGAGAACAGGUUUUUAACGCCAGAGGAGUUGGACGGUCUGAUAGCGUACAUAACGGACAAAAAGGCGCGGCUAUUGCGGAACCCUGCAGACACUCGCACAGCUGCGGUCCUCACCGCGUCGGCCGCCUCUUCCCAUGAUGCCGUGUCGGCAGCGUUGGGACUGGCCUCCACCCUCUCUGCCCACCCGGCGUCACAAACGUCUCUGAGCUCGCAGACCAACUCCAACCAGGAACUGCAGGCCAAGAUCCUCAGCCUCUUCAAAAACCGCACAGGGAUGCAGGCGGAUGUCGGCGCUCCGUCGUCCGCCGCCGCCCAGUCUCAGGACUACAGCUCCCUCGGCGGCCUGGUGCCCGGCCACAACCCGCUGCGCCCGGGGAUGCCCGCCACGCCUCAAGCUGCGGCCCAGGGGUACAGCGCCCAAAUGGGCCGCUCGCUCCCUCCCGCUGGUGGUCAGAGAGCGUCUAACUCCGCCUUUGGCAUCAAUUUAGAUAACCCGAGUGUCCAGAAAGCUUUGGACACUCUGAGCCAGGGCGGGCCGACUCUCAAUCACCUGGUGGGGGCAGGGGGGGUGACACAGCAGCAGCAGCAGCAGCUGCAGCAGCACCACCCACAGCAGCCCUUCUCCGCCAGCAGACCAGCAGCCAACAUGGGCCAAGGCCCGCCCAUGUCCAUGUACCCCCGGCACUACUGAUAGGCCACCUGACCUCCGACCUUUAACCCCACCUUGACUGUAGAUGUGUUUAGUCAGCCUUUUUAAGCUUUUGUUUUUAUCGUGGUGGUGGAAAAGAUCAGUGAGUGUUUAGUUUGUCCCUUCUACAGUCUUGGCCUCGCUUGUGUACAGAAUGUUGGGCGUUGUCAUUUUUCCACAUUAAAAAAAGUCACAAACACAAA